AUGGCAAACAAAGAGAGCCAAAAGUCCCAAAUCCGGCCGCCCCUAAAAAGAGACGCAGUCUACACUGGCUGUCUUGGCGUCGCACCCCCAAAUCCACACCUUCCUUCGCCAAUUGGCGAACUUGACCGGAAGGGGCUGAUAGGAGGUUUUGGGGAUCUCUGCCUCUACCUCAUCCUUACCAUAUUGUCCUUCCAGAUCGAACCUAGCCAUCGCUGCCAUCAGCCUGUUGACCUGCUAGGCCUCGUACAUGAGCCAAAGGCCCACGACUCCGACCACGAUGGCGAUGGCUGCGAGGACGAUGGCGAUGACGCCGAGGAUGAUGGUGGUUGA